ACUUUAAACUAUAGGAAGUUGUUAUGAUAUUUUAUUAUCUCUAUAUCUAUAUAUUUUCAGCUUGAAUUGAGGUAGGACACCUUUGCUUAAGGAUGGGUGAAGGACUUGGUCUACAGAAAAUCAUCAAGGCCACUCCUUCAAAAGCUUUGGUUAUCAGAAUCAACCUGGUUUUUCUUGCCUUCUUUCUGGUUAUCUAUGCAUCUCUUCUCUUGCGCCCAUCUUCUUCGGUCUAUUUUGAGAAUGCAGCAUCGCUUGUUAGAUGCUCCUUGCGUGAGUGUCAUCACAAGGUGGAAAAAGGGGUGAAGAUGGAGGCAGUUCUGGAAGAGAAUGAAUCCGGCAGUAAACGAAAGCCUGAGACGAAUUUGACCAAGUUAGAGGUGCCAAGGUUCAUUGAUGAGAUUGGAGGAGGAUUGAAGAUUGGGAUGGUGAACUUCGAAGAUAAGGAUUAUAGUGAAUGGGAAACACAUGGAGAAACAAUUCCAAUCCUUUUCGAGCGAGUCUCGGAGCUUUUCGAAUGGCAACACCUAUUUCCUGAAUGGAUUGAUGAAGAGGAAGAAAUUGAUGGGCCAAAGUGCCCUGAGAUACCAAUGCCAGACUUCAGUAAGUACGAUAACAUGGACUUGAUUGUGGCAAAACUGCCAUGUAAGUACCCAGAAGACGGAUGGGCUAGGGAGGUGUUCAGGCUUCAAGUUCAUCUGAUAGCAGCGAAUCUGGCAGUUAAAAAUGGGAAAAGGGAUUGGAAUUGGAGGACAAAAGUGGUGUUCCUGAGCAAGUGCAGGCCAAUGCUAGAGGUGUUCCGAUGCAAUGAUUUGGUGAAGCAGGAAGAUGAGUGGUGGUACUAUGAGCCGGAAGUAGCAAGAUUAGAACAAAAAGUUUCCUUGCCUGUUGGUUCUUGCGAGCUGGCUUUGCCAUUAUGGGAACAAGGAACCGAUGAAGUAUUUGAUGCCUCCAAGAUCGAACAGGCAACAAGGACGGUCAAGGGUGAAGCCUAUGUCACGGUGCUGCAUUCUUCGGAAGCAUACGUCUGCGGUGCCAUAACCCUUGCCCAAAGUCUCGUUAAAACAGGCACCAAGCGCGACCUCAUCCUUCUCCUGGACAAGUCCAUCUCCGAACCAAAGCGCGACGUUCUCAAGGCAGCCGGGUGGCAGCUCCGCUUCAUCAAAAGAAUCCAGAACCCCAGAGCUGAAAAGGGCUCCUACAAUGAAUACAAUUACAGCAAGUUCAGGCUCUGGCAGCUUACGGAUUAUGACAAGGUCAUAUUCGUCGAUGCAGACAUCAUUGUUUUAAGAAACCUUGAUCUCCUUUUCCAUUUCCCUCAAAUGACAGCGACAGGCAACGACGUUUGGAUUUUUAAUUCGGGCAUUAUGGUGAUCGAGCCAUCAAAUUGCACAUUUAAACUUCUAAUGAACAAACGUAAAGAAAUAUUCUCGUACAAUGGAGGGGACCAAGGUUUUCUCAAUGAGGUGUUCGUUUGGUGGCAUCGUUUGCCAAGGAGAGUGAAUUUUCUCAAGAAUUUUUGGUCCAACAGCACGGUUGAAACUGGCUUAAAGAACCAGCUUUUUGCAGCUGACCCGCCAAAAGUCUAUGCGAUUCAUUACUUGGGAUUAAAGCCUUGGCUUUGUUACAGGGACUAUGAUUGUAACUGGAACAUAGGGGAUCAACGUGUUUACGCCAGUGAUGUGGCCCAUCGGAGAUGGUGGAAGUUUUAUGACGCCAUGGACGAGAAGUUGCGGAAGUUUUGUGGGUUAACAAAGCGGAGAAAGAUUGACUUGGAUUGGGAUAGAAAAAAGGCUGGAGAGGCAGGGUUGAUAGAUAAGCAUUGGAGGAUCAAUAUUACGGAUUCAAGGCGAUGGAAAAAGAAUUUGAUCCAAUAGAAUUUGUGCAUGUUCAUUC